CAGAGGAGACAUCCUGAACCUGUCUGAGGACACAUGCCACGCAUUCCUCGAGCUAUGCUGCUGUCAUUGACUGUCCUUAGAUUGCAUCUGUUGUUGUGCGCUGUCAUGUGAUCCAGUUUUUCCAAACUUACUGGAAACAUGGUUGAAUUUGUAGUCAGUAUAAUUUUUCCUUUAAAAGCUGCUUAACAUCAAUUAUUUCAUAUUCUGUUAGUUUUAAUAAUAAUAAUAAUAAUACAUUUUAUUUAUAACACGCUUUUCCAGGUGCUCAAAGACGCUUUUCAAAGGAAAAAAUAAAUAAAAAUACAGAAAAUUUUGAGAAAUAAAACCAACAAUGUAAAAGAUUAAAAAAAAACACACCGAUGAAAAGACAAUAAAAGAACCGUUCACAGGUUAAAAGCCAAUCUAAAAAUGUGUGUUUUUAGGAGUGAUUUGAAAAUGUGGGGGUCUGUACAGUCUCAGAUGGGUUUGGGGAGUGAAUUCCAGAGAGUGGGGGCAGCAGCGGAGAGGGCUCUGAUUCAUUUCCUAUUCACCAGAUAUAUUAAUUUUCUUUUCUGUUGAAGUGUUCACUUUCACUUUCACUGGUUUUUCAUUUUUUAAUCUAGCUUUCAAGGGUUCAUACUUUUGAUUGGUAGAUUAUUUAAAAAAUAACAUGUUAAAAAAAACUCAAUAUUAUUAUAAAUAUCUAUUGCUAAUAUAAAUAUUAGAAAUUCCACUUAGAUGGAUACUUUUGCAAAGUGCAGUAUCUUGCACUGCCCUGUAAUUGAAUGAGUGUAAAUGAUAGUGUAAUUGCUCCAUAAUGUCAGUGAAUUUGUGGGACCCAUACACGCAGGAGGUGCUUAACCUUAAACCUCAUUAGAGCCCAUUGGUUCACUCAUUACCUAUUGUUUUUUUUUUGUUUCUAUCUGCAGCUUGAUUGGCCGGUUUCUCCAUGAGGCCACAAACAAACCUGACUCCACGCCCCAAAUCUCGCUUAAAUUAACCAGUUUACGCCUCACCGUCCGUGUUUUUGUUAUUAGGUAACAAAAUAACGGGCGUUGACAGACAGACAAUGACUCUCUGACGUUUUUGAUGGCCGUGAAUAGAAACUGUGAAACAUUACGCACAGACGCACACUCAACUACCUGGGAGGAGAGAGGAGGAAGUUCUGACGUCACGCGGCCUUUGUCGCCUCCACAUCAUCUGAUGCGUUUGGGUAUCGUUGAAGGCUCGGAAAUAUGAUAAUCGCGUUCAAAGGCGUUUAAGUUGACUUGAAAUAACGACCAACAAGUCUGUAAAAUUGCAGAUUGAUACAAAUAAUCACAACAGUAGUAAUGAUAACAACGGUAUUAUUUUUUUCCUAAGCCUUUACUAGAAAAAGGUAGUAAAAGGAAGCUAAUUAAACACUGCAGACGCUAGAUUAAUAUUCAAAACUUUGAGGAUUUUUUUUUCAGUGCGAUAACUACUCAUAUGCUCAAGAGUCUCUUUGCAGCCUCUCAGCCGUCUGAUCUCACCUUCUCAAGUUAAAUGAUAUUGAUAACGGUAUGAAGUAUUGAGAUUUCCUACUGUACCUGAACGUCUCAAGUGCCACAGCAGGUUUCGCGGAGGGGGAAGAGCAGCGGUGUCGUUAACAACAUCCCUCUCUGAAGAAUAGGCUACAUUUCGGCUGCUUCACCUAAAAACCGGCUAAAUUAACGGUACAAGUGUGUUAUUUUAUUCGUAGAGACGGGUACCACAAACAAACGAGUGAGAAUGCUUCAGUCUCUCGCCAGCAAUUCGUGUGUGCGGUUGAUACAGAGUCACAAAUCGACGUGGUAUUUUGCAUCUCUAGUCUUGGGGUACGUCCUCUAUCUCAUAUUCGGAGCUGUCGUCUUUUCUUCCGUCGAGCUGCCUUAUGAGGACCAGCUACGCCAGGAGCUGAGGGCCAUAAAGAAACAGUUCCUACAGGAAAAUGAGUGUCUGUCCGAGGAGCGUCUGGAGCGGUUUCUCAAGAAAGCCCUGGAGGCCAGUAAUUAUGGGGUUUCCAUCCUCAAUAACGCCUCAGCGAACUGGAACUGGGACUUCACCUCAGCGCUGUUUUUCGCCAGCACGGUGCUGUCCACCACAGGUAAGAGCUGCUCACCUCCGGGGGGGAGAGUAGGGGAGAUGCUGCUGCAGAUCAGGUGCGCAGAACCACUUAACAUAACCAUUUCCUCCCUAUACAAUUCACCAGCGUUAGAGAUAUAUAGGCCAAAUGUUUUAAUUAGCAAAACACUUUGUCCACUGUCACGGAGAGGAUACGUGGGCCAUGACAAACGAGCCUCUGAGACAAACUGGAUUAGAAAUAAGAGAAAAAUAGAAAAAGACAAACUAGACUUAUUUUCAGACACAAGGCCAUAAUACUAUUUCUACUGUCAAAGUCACCAUCCCUUAAACUCCCUGUCUUUUUUAGUUAUAAGAGCUUACAGGGGUGGUGUUGUUCUUUUUCAUCCUUCCCAAACAAACAUUCAACAUAAUUCACGAGGGAAACAUUUCAUGUUAGGUAUAGUGUAUAGGAAGUGCAACUUUUACUUUUGAUUUGUUGCUGAGGACUUUUUUGUACCCUCAGACUACUUCCAGGCUGGAUUUGGGGCCCAAAACAUGUGGCCAUAUUUCAUAAUUAGUCAAAUUAAAUAGAGGAAUGUUGAUUAACCCCAUGUGGACAACCUUACAGUAUUACAACAGUGGAGAAGGCUUCUAAAGUAUGAUCUUCCAGGGUGCAUUAAAGUGCCUCAAAGAGACAAUAACUGGACACAGGCUGAAACAAGGGUUUUCAAAGACACAAAUUUGAGAUAAGUUGAGGAUUUUUGAGCAAAUGCUACCAACAAAGCUAUCAAGAGGAUAAUAUAAAGAAUAAAAAUAACACUUAUCUUUUAGUUGUAUGGUAGCAUUCAUCCUCACAACUAAACUGAUUUGCUCAGGCUGUUCAGACUCAUUUUGUUGGACUUGAUUCCAAAAGCAGCUCAGAAAUCCACAGGUAUUAUAUAUAUCAUAGAAGACAAGCAGGAGAUUUAAAACCAGUAAAUGUCCUCAGAACUGGAGCAUAUUCAGGACAAACAGGUAUCAGGUUGUUGGGGUAAGUAAGAAAUGUUAAACACCGCCUUACUGACUAGAGUUGAGACAUGACAACAUAUGGAAAGUUCAAGGAGGUGAACACUUGGGUAAUGUGUUUUGACUCAUGAGACAGUGGCUUACCGUCAUGACCACAGCCUUCUUGUUAACAUGACCUGACCUAAAGAAAGUGUAAGAUAUAACGCUAUACUUCAUUCAGGCAGACAUGUUACAGUAUAACUCCUGUUAUUGGAAGAAGCACCAAGAGUAAAGACAGCGUCUGUAAACAUCAUGAACUUCUCCCCCUGCGGGCAGAAACAAACCCUUUAAGCAAAUUGUUUUGUGUGUUUUGUCUAAUGGUAUGUGAACAGCCUGACGCUGUGAACAAGGUUGUUUUCUGUUAUCUAGCGGUGCUCAAAAGAAACGUGGUUACAGAUGCGUGUCGCUCUGGAUAGCUGGAGAACUUUAGUCUGCAAAGAUUAUCAGUUAUCUGAGAUUUCAACACAUGUCGUUACCUUACAGAGCAAAGGGAGCGUGGUCGCACUUAAGUCCUCUUUUAUUAGCCUUGACAAAACUGUUGAUACCUUUACAUGGAGGGAUGAUCUGGAUCAGACUUCUGAUGGUUUCUGAUUGCUCCUUGUUUGUCUGUAUCAAAAACUUGGUGUUAAUACAUCUUUAAAAGUUUCAAACACAGCCUAGUUACAAAACACACCAUAGCAUUAACUUUAAUACCAUAAUAAGGAUAGCAGGGCGGGUACUGGGGUGCAGCCUAAUAUUAAUCUAACUCUAAACAAAAGCACUUGUGUUGCAUGAAAAGCAGACGUUCAAAGAACAUUGUGGGGUUUGCUUUUUUUUGCAUAUCACAAGCAAACCUCUAUUAGCCGUUUCCUCAUUUGCGUGCUCUUGUUAGUGAGCUGUGGUAUUUUUAACUCUCUUGUUGGGUUCACUUCUCAAGGGCGUAAUAUUUUUACAGCAUCACCUCCUGCAGAAAAGCAACUUGAAGGGUGUUUGUGAUAUUCAGCACGUAAUUUCAUGUGACAUGGUUUUAAAGCCUCAGAAUUUGAUUGUAGAGAUAGAAAAAAAAAGAUCUUAUUUCAAAAUAGUUUCUCUUUUUGCAUUUGAUUGCAUGUUUGCAAAGUUGAAGAAAAAAAUUACAAAUUUGAAGCAUUUAAAAGUUGGUAGUGUUAAUUUGUUGGCUUCCUGUGUUUCAGUUUAGUUUGAAAGAAUCUCUAGAUUAAAAACAAGAUUAGUCUUCACCAUGACAACAGAAGGCCAACCAACCCAGAUAGAAGCAGCUUACAAGAAACACUUUAUCUUUCUCUAAACCUGAGGACAGUGUUUCAUAAAGAGUCUGAGAUCUGAGGCUGAAAGUUAUCUGAAAUUAUCAGAUUUUCCACUUUAUUUUCUCUGGUAUGACAGUAGAUCUGUUUUUGUACAAAAAGCACACUCACAACGAAAGUUUUAGAAGAUUGCUGUCUAAACCAAAAUCCUUUUCACCCUAACAAAAACCUGUGCUCUGAUUUUUCCGACAUUUUUAUGAUCGUAAGGUCUGUCCUGAUGAUGAACAUCAAAUUUUUGGCAUCUCUUGGGACGUGUGCAUUUAGUCAGUAUCAAAAUUUUACUUGAACAGCAGAAUGGUCAGCCUACUUCAAGAUAAGAUAAGAAGGACUUUAUUGAUCCCCAAAGGGAAAAUCAAUAAUUCAUUUAAUACAAAGGGAUUAACAAAUAUUUGAAAGGUGUAGGAAUAAGUUUACACACAUUUAUCCGACCCCUAUUUACUUUUCAACCACUAUAACACAAGUAUCCACCCAAUGUCAACACCACUUUAGUUUGUACUUUAGUCAUAGUGUUUCACAAAUCCUCCCACACAGAUGUGUCAUGGAAAUCUGUCUAAUCUGAUAUUGCAUUCAAAAUAUGUAAUCCAUUUUGUUGUUUUUCUGCAGGUUAUGGUCACACAGCACCCCUGUCUGACGGCGGGAAAGCCUUCUGCAUCAUUUACUCAGUGAUCGGCAUCCCCUUCACCCUCCUCUUCCUCACUGCGGUGGUGCAGAGGAUCAUGGUGUACAGCACGCGGAGGCCCAUCAUGUACUUCCAUCAGCAGUGGGGCAUAUCAAAGCCCCUGGUGGCCAUCGUCCACGCCACUCUGCUUGCCAUGCUGGCCGUCUCCUGCUUCUUCCUCAUCCCGGCUGCCAUCUUUUCAGCGCUAGAGGAGAACUGGAACUUCCUGGAGUCCUUCUACUUCUGCUUCAUCUCCCUCAGCACCAUCGGUCUGGGAGACUACGUACCUGGAGAGGCUGUCAAUCAGAGGUUCAGGGAGCUCUACAAAGUGGCCAUCACUGGUGAGGACUGAUUUUUACAUGUUUUUGGAGCUUUUCGCUUAAACUCAGCUUGUUAUAUUUAUCCUAACCGAGGUGUCUACAGUCAAACUAUUUGAAGCUGUACUGAAAAUAGCCUAAAUCAUACUUCAACAGUAUAUCUAAGUGACACAAUGACUUCCACACAGCCAUGAUAUUCAUAGAACAGUUAUUGCAAACUUCCUGUUUCAUGUUAUAAACUUUAAGGAUAUUGAAAAAACCACAUAUAUUUUAUUACCUGAGCUGCAAUUGGCCGAAAGGAAACACCCACCCAAGGCUUCUAUUUAAACACCGUGCCACCAGGUGCAACUCGCACUUUAGUGAUUGACCCAGUUUGUUUAAUUUAUACUCCCAAUUUCUCAGAAUUAUUAUCUAAUGAUUAACUGAUGUGGGAAUAUCACAUAUGGUGGUUUUAUGAUGGUGAACGUUGACCCACCUGGGCGUGACAUAACAAGCCGCGUGUACUUUUUGACCCUUUCAGUGAAAUGUUACAUAAAUCAUGCUCUAUACUACAUGCAGUAUGGUGAACAAAGGCCUUAAAUGAUAUUUUAAUGCACUUCAUUCCCAUGACAGAGUUUUUCCUAGCUUCUCUCACAUUGAAAUUAUGACUCAGAUAUUGCAUUUUUAGUAAUAUAGGUGCAAAAAAAUUGGUGUUAUGCACAAAAUAGUGAAGGUACAGUGUGCUACUGCUCUUAAAGUACAUUCAGGAUUACAGCUAGUUGUGAAGAUAAAGGUCAUUAUUACAAAAAGUCACCAACCUUUGCACCAUAAGGGAUUAAUAACACUGCCACAUGUGAGAUUAAAACUACAGAGGUCAUAGAAAUUGUCUCCUGUCAGAAUUUUUCACCCAUAAUUCCACACAAAUCAAAUUUUUUACAACUUUUUUCAGACGUUUUACUUGACAGAGAGGCUUUUACCCCCUUUGGAUGUUUAUAAACUGCCAUAUGUUGCUAAUGAAACAAGCUUUUGACACAUCCUGCUCAUACAAUCAUACAAUCAUUGUUGUGUUAGGUAGAGCAAAGAGUGCCGGAGAAAUAACAAGCCACACUCUGAUGGAAAGCAGAGUUAUUGAUCGCCUUUUCUGAGUGAUUGUGCAGCUUUUCCAUCAGGGCUAAUGAUGACUGAAAUUAGCCUGAAGAACAAAUUCGUACAGCGCACUCAAGAAAAUGUGGAUGUGCACAAACGUCAGAGGCUGCACCAGCAUGUGUGUGAGUGCAGCAGCCAGAGAGAGAGAGACGUCAUUCAGUCGGCGCAGCGUGUCAGUCUGUAGGAGGGAAAGCGGCUGUGACAAGAGUGUGCAUGUGUACUCAAAUAAGACCAGACACAUUUGCACAGCUUCCUCUGUGAAAACGUAACUGCUCUGUAUCGGAAGUGACAUCUCCGUUAUCUGGGAGGACAUUUGGCUCAUUGCAACAGAAAAGCUAAACACCAGUUUGCCACAAAUACUAAAUAACUUGUGUCAUUUAUUCGGGUGUGAACUCUUUGGUUUGUUUUGAUUUUGCGAGCGGCUUUAGUGGGAGGGAGGAACUAGUUUUGUGAUUUGCAUUUAGGGAUUAGCUCCACCGUGUACACUCACACACACGUUAUGGUUUUGCUUUUUUUAGAAGCACAUUGCCGCCGCGUGUUUACACAUGACAUGGAAAACAUGGGACCGCCUGCAAAUUCAAGACUGUUUUUGAGGAAGGAGGAAUUUUUAAGUAUUUACUACUGAACUUUGCUUUUUAAACCACAAAGGAAAUGAUCCUUUCACAAUAUUUUUAUGGUAAUUUUUGUCCGUUACACUUAUGGUUUCUGGGUGGUUUCCUGGGGGUUUUGGGUUUUAGAGAUAGACGGUUUGCAUAUAGCAGGUGGAGAUAGUGAAAGUACUGCAGCUGGCACUAAUCAACUUAUAUUGGUUUGGGGGAUUUCCAAUAUUUUCUGAACUGUUUCUUUUAGCGUAGACUUGUUGUUUUUUUUGUAACAUCGCCCUCUUGUGCCAAUACAUGUCAACAACAACCUGGGACAAAGGGAAUAAAGAAAUAUGCAGAGGAAGUCAGAGUCAGAGAGUCAGGGUCAUUUAUUUGCCAUUUGUAGAAAAGAAACCACAUUGGAAAGUGCUUGUGAGAGGACAAUAAAGACAGACCAAGUAAGUUACAUAGAAAAAUAGAAUAAAGUGAGUUAGAAUUACAGUUAAAGUAAAGUUUAAAAGGACACUGCAAGUAAUAACAAUAAUAACAAUAAUAAAUAAUGAUGAAGAUACUAAUAGUAUUUAAAAACUUCUGUUUGAUGCUGAAACUAUCUGAAAACCAGGAGGUAGAGCAUUUGAUUGAGCGGUACCAUCUACUGGAGGGGAGAGGAACAAAAAGGCUGGAGGUAGAGUGACUGGUGUCGCUCACUAUCCUUGAAGCACAAGCCGGGAGCCUUGAGUUAUAAAGUGCAUCUAGUUUAGGCAGGUCAGUGCCAAUAAUUUUCUGAGUCAGACUGACUAUUCUGGUCAGAGAUUUUCAGUCCUGUCCAGUGAGGUUACUGAACCAAACUGUGGACCGAAGAGUUUUUAAAAGAAGAACUGCAUGAAACAUGAAGAUAUUUACAGUUUGAUUGGGUGUGUUUGUGAUAAGAUGUCAUUCAUUGAUGCAAAAUCAGAAGCAUCAUCAGUUUAAGGUUCAGACUUAUUUAUGCAAGCCGAUAGUCUCCAUGCAAACAAAGACACAGAAAUAAAGAAAGAUGACCCUCCAGCUGUAAAAUUAGUUCUUCUUUUUUUUAAUAAACUGAUUCCUAGUGCUUUCACCUUUUUAUAAUUCCUCAUCUUUUUUUUUCUGUUUGCUUGUGUCCUCAGUCUACCUAAUCCUGGGUCUGAUCGUCAUGCUGGUGGUGUUGGAGACCUUCUGUGAGCUGCAGCAGCUGAAGCAGCUCAGGAAGAUGUUCUACCUGAAGAAGGAGAAGCCGCAGGACCGCCUCGCCAUCUUGGAGCACGACCACCUGUCCUUCACCACCGUGUCCAAGAGGGCCGCAAGCCAGGGCGAGGACAAAACCCAAUCGUUUAUCGGCGUCCCGACUCUGAUGUCUCCGAACGAUGACCCCAUGAUCCAGUAAACAUCCACAGAGCAAACACGCAUUGAAGGAUGACAGUACAACAGCGAGUUUUAACGCACACGAGACUAUAUGUAGAUAAAAGGAGAGAAUCUAAGCUGUAGACAUCAGUCCUGCAAACAGAAAUACUAAAACUAGUUCAGAACAAGCAAACAAUCUUCACAUAAUGUCGUGCUUCUCAGCAGAGAUUAAAUUUAUGUACAUUAAUAAGGAAACAAAUUAAUAUUUUAACAGUGACUAUAAAGACAGAGCAAGCGAUUAUGAAAACGCCUUCUGCUGUAUUUAUGACUCUCAGGAGCUAAGCUCCUUUAUGAGCUGUGUUAUUUAUUACAUGUAGGAGCAAUUUAGAGAGUAAUCGGUCUCUUAAAUCUAGCUGAAAUGUAGGACAGUUCUCUGUAGUCUCUCAAAAUAUUACAUAAGUGUGUAUCUAAUAGGUAGAAAUGCUUGACAAUGAUGUGGACUGUACAUACCAAGGUAGAUGUUUUAAAAUGUAUCGUGUAGUGACGCCAAGAAUCUAAACACCUCUUAAAAAAUGAGUCAAAUUUUAAUCCAAACACUGACACAAGUUUAUUACAACACAGUCCAUCAUGAAAGUACAAAAAUGGAGUGUAGGAGUGUCUAAAACUGUCAAAAGGAAGUUUUGACUCUGCGUAUGUUAUAGUGAUUUUAUGUAUUUUAGCUCCUGACUUGUUUUUUUAAAAGGUGUGAUCGAUUCUCGUCUCGCUCCACAUUGUCACAUUUCAUCGUGAAGGAAAUUACUUGUCUGCAGAUGUGUGUUGUUUCCUCAACAUGUCGCAGUGCUAUUUCAGAUUUGUUCAUGCGUGAUGAUAAGCACUAUAACUUAACUGAUUUGUCUGAGCGUGCUGGACUGUGUCAAAAAGGGGAAAUGAGGUGAGCCUUACUUGAAAAAAAAAAAAAAAAAAGAAAAGGGAACCGCAGAGAGCCCGGCUCGCCCUGUUUCAUUUCACAGUCAGUGCUGAGAGCUCAGUUUGCACAUGUGCUGGAGGCUGGGAUUAAAAAAAAAGAAGUUAGGGAUUUCUCUGAAGGGACAAGGACAUGGUUCCAAAGAUUUCAUCCGGCAAAACAGAAGCUAUUUUUAAUACGCUGCUUUUAUUGUGGAUGAUUGCUUUGAGCAAGAAAAAAGGGCAAAAAAUUACACCGAAAUUUACAUCAAUUGAAUGUAGAAAUGUAUAUUUUUGAAUAUGACAGGAGGAAGGUUUAGGUAGUUUUGUUCGUAAUUAUCAAAAGUGACUUCGUACUUAAAAACGGUACUUGAAAUUUUGAAUCCAAGCAAGCAGCAGGAGUGCAACUGCAACACCCCAGUUCUGAUCUACCACAUCAGUUUUUAAUCCGCUCAACGACCAAGGUUGGCCUUUCACAAUUGGAUUAUAAACACCCGUUCUACACUUGCAAGUUUUUAAACCAUAGCAGUGCACUCCUCUGUGUAUUUUAAUAAUGAUAAUGUUCUGAGAGAAGUACAAAUUUCACGCCAUUAUCCGUCCUCUUCUUCUGUGUGCCGCCUGCUCUUACAGCGUAGCAAACUUCUGUGGUGCAGACUUACUGUAUUUAUUUUAGUAUAUUUAAUAGGCAUGCAUUUUGGAAGUCUUACUCAUCGUCUGUACAGAGCUGCAUUACUGACCAUAUUUACCUGUGAUUUGUCAACACAUCAUGAACUAGUCGCAGCCUUUUCUCAAGUCUUGAAUGUAAAGUUUUUCAUGCUGUAUGUGCUUCAGUGAGACCCGAGGCCCGAGCAGAGAACGGGUUUUCUGGUCCUGCUCAGACAGAUACGACAGGUGAUCCUGAACAGAAGAGUCAGGUGAGCCUUGUCCAAGUGUUAUGACAGCUCGGCUUAGACUGUGUUAUCAUCUCCGUGUCCUCAUAAUGUAUUUUAAACAUCUGUUGUAUUUAAUUUUUCCCGUCCAGCUCAGACUUUUGGGUGAACUGUGAAGUGUUGAAAUUUUUCAUUUCAUCCACUGAGAGGAAAAGAGGACUUGGAUUUUCCCAGGUUGAGCGUUUUCUUUUACUUUUACUUUUAAACGGUUUUACUGUUUUUUAGACUGAUCGAUUUCGACGCUUUGACCUUUCAGUGUUUGUCUUAAAGUAGAAAACUGUCAGGUUUAGUAGUUUGAGUUCUGUUCAGGGAGCAAAAACUGUGUCAAGGACAACAUGAAGAAGCACACUGACGUUAUUUAUGUUGACAAAUGUGAGAAAUGACAAAUAUUUCUGUACAUAGGUCUUCAGUUGUUGUUUUAUUGAGUAUUCAAGUGUUACAGUGUCGAUAUUUUAAUACAGGUUUGCCAUGGAGCAUCGAGGUUUUAUGUGAAUUUAAUUUCAUGCUGAAGUGAAACCAUGAACUGUAAAAUACCCAUGUGUCUUAAAUAAAGUGCUGGUUCAUUACUCCCUUGUUUAU